AUGACAACCACUGUUCUCGACUUUUGCACCCCUCCAGUGCCUGGUGAACGCCACAAGUACUAUGGCGAUGUUCACAACAAAUUCAUCAAGUUGCCUAUCAAUCCACCGGCUCCAACACAACAGCCUCCUCCUCCUGUUAAACAUGUCGCACCGGCAACUUUAAAGCGCCAGAAAACCUUGCAUGCCAUCGCUGCUUCUGGAAAUCUUGCCCUCUUCAAGCAAAUCCUUGCUCUCCAUCCCAAUGCCGCCAACGAAAUGCAAGCCUCCACGGGUCUUCGUCCUAUCCACUUUGCUGCAUCUCGCGGCAAUCACGAGAUCGUACGUUGUCUUAUCGAGGAGUAUGGUGCCGAUGUCGAUAUCCGUGACCAUGAAGGAGAGACACCUUUAUUGAAGGCAUCGUAUGGUGGUUACUUUCAUGUGGUGCAAUAUCUACUGUUGAAGAAGGCCAAUCUUCAUCACAAGGACAAGGAUGGCUGGACAGCCUUGCAUAAUGCAUGCUCAAGAGGCAACUUGCCUAUCGUACGAAUGCUGGUGGAACGAGGAGCGCGUGUGGAUGUGCAAAAUAAGACUGGACAUACACCUUUGGUCAAUGCAGCAUCCAAGGGGCAUGUGUCUGUGGUUGAAUAUUUGCUGGAGGAAGCGGAUGCCAAUCCCUUGAUCAAGAACAAUUUUCAGGAAGCUGCUUAUGAUGUCAGUGCUGCCUCGGGUGAAUCAGGAGAAGCGUACAUUUGUGAAAUGCUACAAAAAGCAGAAAACAAGUGGUGGCAUACGCAAAAUCCAGGAGGAUCCACUUAUGAUCUUUAUGAUUUCCAUGUUACUGUCAUGGUGAUUUUGCAUGAAAAUCAACGCUCCUCAUCAUUACUUGGUCUUUCUCGGCCCCAAUUCAGUCCCAAUUCUUCCAAACAUGAUCAACGAGGACCAUGGUCACGUCAUCCAUCAGGAGAGCCAACUACAAAGGACAAAGUGAUGCUACCAAGAUCAUCCGAAAGUGAGGAAUCAAAGUGGUUUUGGUUGACGGAUUGGCAAGUCGACUAUAGCGACCCUCGCGUGGAUCCAACAUCUGGAUGGCAAUAUGCAAGAUCAUUCAAUGAGCCUGAUGAGCGGUGGACACCAGUGGCACCUACAGGUGGUUAUGGAUGGGUGCGUCGAAGACGAUGGGUGCGUGUGAUGAAACGAAGAAUGGAUUUGGCAAAAGGACGUCUUAUUCAAGAAGGUCAAGGUGCAUGGCAACGGGAUUAUGUACAACAAGCCGAAGAUCUUGUUCAAAAUGCCAUUGAAGAUAGCAACAGCAACAACAACAAGGAUGCUGUCAAGACACCACAGGAGUUAACACGCGAGUUACGUGUAUACGAAGAAGCGGUGCAACAAUUACUUUCAGGGAUGAAAGCUGAUAGCAAUCAACAUCGAAAGCAUCAAGCAACAAUCUUGGUCACUGCUUUUACUGCUCGUAUCGAUGCUCUCAAUACCCGUAUCGCACAAUUAGGAGCUCAACUCUCAACCCCAGUCGCACCGGUGCAUCACAAUGCGGAGCUGGCUCGUGAAUUAGGAUUCAUCAAACGCAACAGUGACAAUAACAGCACGCAGGAAGAUGAGGAGGAUGGCUUUGUGCAAUCGGCCAAUGAUUUGGAUACCAAUCCCUGGAGUCGAGAUAGUGCUUUACCAACAUCAGAGCGCAUCGAAGCAACCAUCGCCUCAACCACCAUGGCAUUGGAUAUGGAUUUCGGUGGUAGCAGUUCCGAAGUGUCACCCAACUUGCCAUUUGACCAAAAAAGUGGACCACGUGCGUACAAUUGGGAACCUGAUGUCAACGUCAAAGAAUGUCGUCGUUGUGCACGUCGAUUUGGCUUGAUCAAUCGUCGUCAUCAUUGUCGUCGUUGUGGUCUCGUUGUUUGCGAUAAAUGCUCUUCUUCACGUACCUAUCUCAACCCAUCCGAGAUUCUUCAAGAUCCCACAGGUCCAUUCGAAUCACUACAAGUGUUGGCUUCACAGCAUCACCGUGUCUGUGACAAGUGCUAUGCUGAUCUAGGCCGUGAAUAA